AGGUUGUGUGGCACAACGCACAAGUUUAAUUGCUCUGAAACGUUCUGCCUUGGCGAGUUUACCAUUUUCCCUUCUACAUUAGAUGUGUUCUUAUAUUGAAUCUGUAUGAAGCAUCUAUAAGUGUUUAUCAUUUGUGAUCAUUUCAUGUGAUAUCGUUUAGUCCAUUCUGUGAGAUUUGGGAUUUGGAAUGGAGAUUAUAUUAUAUGUUCAUGUCUUGUUGAGUGCUCUAGCACUGGUAUUUAGCGAGGGUUACGAGGUGCCCGAGGAGAGCGUAAUGGAGGAACUGUUCUAUGAGUACAAUAGCGAGGCCCGGCCGGCCUCCGUCCGCCGGCCCGUGGUCAAAGUGUCCCACCAACUCACGCUCACCAGAAUCAUUAGCCUGAGGGAGGAUCUACUGGUGAUUGACACCUGGCAGGUGAUCUCUUGGAGGGACCCCCGUCUGGUGUGGGACAGGAACUACUAUGACUUUGUUGAAACCAUCAAUGUGGAUCCCUCCAAAAUCUGGAAACCCGACAUUGUCAACUUCCACAAUGCUGGUGGGAACUCGGGUCUUAUCUACGAUAACCUUCCACUGACGAUUAAAUAUGAUGGGGAUGUUGUCUAUGUUCCCCCAACCCGCCUGACCACUCAAUGCCAACCGUACGGGGAUGUGUACCACUGCAUCUGGACAUUUGGAUCUUGGACCCACGACAUAAAAAAGUUGGACAUAAACAACACGUAUGGAGCUAUUGACAUGUCAGAAUAUGAGGAGAAUUCGAGGAUCGCUAUCAUUGACUCGUCUGUAAAACGGACCCUGAAGAAGUACGCCUAUUUUCCGAACCGGUACGCCAUUUUGACGUACAACAUCACCAUCAGAUGGAAAGACGCCGACAGGUUUGAGGGUUUGGAACCACUGCAGAUGCCCGCUGUUGUCUCUAAGAAGAGCGAACUGCAGAAUGAUGAACAUAUCCCUGUGUCCGGGUCAAUUCUAGCCAAUGCCACAGAUCAGUCAGACAUGGAGAAAGGGGAAGGCGGAAGUGAGGGAGACGGAGACACACCCACUGAGGAAGAACAAUCAUCGAACGAAGAAGAAUCGACAGAUUUUUGGGAUACUUACAGCACUGAUUAUGACGACACCACCGAAUCUAGCCAAGAUCAAGAAACCGAAUAUUCCUCAAAUGAGGAGACGACCGAAUCUAGCCAAGAAAAAGAAAAUUUCGAAUCUACCCCAAAAGUGGAUGCUUCCGGUUCCGGCGAAAAGGAAGAAAUUGUCAAUUCAGUCAAAAAUGGAAAUUCCACGGAGUCGACCGAAAAAGAAGAAAUUGUCAAUUCAGCCCAAAAUGGAAAUGUCACAGAAUCAACCCAAAAUGACGAUGUGGCCUCUGGACAGAAAGUAACUGAAAACACAGACAAAACUGAAAAGGAAAGUGACGAAGUAGAACCACAGGCAGUAGAGACCGACAGUGGGGAGGAUGAUACAGACAUUGGGGCGUGGCAGCGCAUCAAAAGCAUAUGGUCUAAAUAACAGACCUUAAAGGCCAAUAAUCAUCUUAGUGACGUUGAUUCACCUCUGUUACCGUCAUUCAUCAGGGUUUUUUCCCCAAUCAAUCACAAGAAAAUGAUGUCAUAAUGAACUAAAAAAUGGGUAGCCAUAAGUCUUUGUUGUAUAAUAUAUGUAAUCUAUAGUUCAGUGGAUGUUUGUAAAUCCAAUUUUGGAUAUUAUUAAAGCUUACAUUGCCCUGCAAGAUAACCUACAUUUUGUAAAUACACUAGUAUGUCAAAGAAAGACAAAUUGUCAUAUACAAUGUAUGUAACUGGUGUGAAAUGCGUGUAAAAAAAAAAAAUGCAUGUUUUCUUGUGAGGUGUGGUCCCGGUGGUGACUUACUAUAAAUAGUUUGGAUUGUUAUCAGAUUUACUAUGUGAGAGUAGAUAUACCCACAUGAACGAUAUUCCGGUGAUAUAAUUGUAUCUCUGUACCUGUAUUGAACUUUUUAAAGUAUUUCCAGAUGUAUUAUUUUAUAUUGUCGGUUGAUUUUUUUUCUUUCAUUUAUUAUUAUAUUUACUUGUUCAUAUUUUAUUUCUAUUAAACAAUUUGAAUGAA